AGGAGGGCAGCAUAAGAGAGCUGGAGGGCUGGUCUAACACAUUGUGCACGAUAAUAACUGCCGCUGAUCUGAGCUGCUCCCAGGAACUGGGGAGAGUUAAGCUUGUUUUUAUUGCUGGUGCCUCCUGGAUGCAUGCGGAACAGAUGAAGUGAAUUCUUCUUGGGGAGAGCUGCCUUUCCUCUUACUCCACCAGCCUGGAGAGCAGAAGGCAAAAGGCAGGGGAAGCAGCAGCAGCAGACAGCAAGAAGCCAUGAGAGAAUACAAAGUGGUUGUUCUUGGAUCAGGAGGGGUGGGGAAAUCUGCCCUGACUGUACAAUUUGUCACUGGAUCUUUUAUCGAGAAAUAUGACCCCACCAUUGAAGACUUCUACAGGAAAGAGAUCGAGGUGGACUCAUCGCCUUCAGUACUGGAGAUACUGGACACGGCAGGGACAGAACAGUUUGCCUCGAUGAGAGAUCUGUACAUUAAGAACGGACAGGGCUUUAUACUGGUUUACAGCUUGGUGAAUCAGCAGAGCUUCCAGGAUAUAAAGCCCAUGAGGGAUCAGAUCAUCAGAGUAAAAAGGUAUGAGAAAGUGCCCAUGAUCCUAGUGGGGAACAAGGUGGAUCUGGAGGGUGAAAGGGAAGUUUCCUAUGGAGAAGGCAAAGCGCUGGCUGAUGAAUGGAACUGCCCCUUUAUGGAGACUUCAGCCAAAAAUAAAGCCUCGGUAGACGAACUGUUCGCAGAGAUUGUGAGACAAAUGAACUAUGCUUCCCAGCCCAAUGGGGACGAUCAGUGCUGCUCCUCCUGUGUCAUCCUCUGAACACGACUCCCUGUUUACAAUGCACUAAUUUGACUUGUAACAUGAUUGGAAACAACUUUGCAUUACAGGGAUUACAAGAGUUCCAAAAGGCUGGGUUGUCCUCGGAUGUCAUCUUGCAGAAAGUGGGCUUUC